AUGAAUCCUCGCCCACUCGGAAAAUCAAGUUCGGGCAAGCUGACAGUGCGUACUAAGCCAUACGCUGCUCGUGUCUUACUUAACAUCCCAGAUUUCAAAGCCCUUUCAAAGCUUAUGGAUACAGACCCAAUUUCCCCAAAAAAAUCACGAAAAAAGCUUCCAGAGCUCGAAGAGCCUCCUAUGCUUCCAACCUUGGACGAAGAGCUCAAAAUACAUGCUAAUACUCUCAGAAACUCAGAGCUCCCAUCACAGAAGAAUUUAGCCAGCUCUAAAGGUCUUACUGCUAGAAAUUCCAAAACAGUUAUAAAACAUGAAAGCUUUUUCCCGAGCAAAGGUAGCGAAGCCAAUUUGAGGGCUGACCAAGCUGAUUUAGGCUCUCCUAGUGAAGAACUGCCAGAUCCAGACGGAGAAAAAACUAAUAAGCUUUUACAAAGAGAAUUUGCAAGCUUUGAGAACCCUGAUUUGAAAUCGACAAGAGAUAUUUCCAAAUUUGACUGCUGGAUAGAGACAAUGACACCUGAAGAUUGGGUAAAACUUUAUCGUGGGAAGCCUGGGCCACAUGGGUAUUCGCCUGUGUUUGAUGAUGGAGUUUAUUCGUGGGAGCCAAUAGAUUUAUUAGGAUACACUAUAAUAAUAUAUGAGCUUGCUCUUAUAAUAGGUUGCUAUUUUUAUAUAAAAAAUUAUUAUUAGCCUUAUUCAGCCCAGCAUAUGACUCAAAUCUGAAAAAAUUUAAAGUCAGGAUCAGAAAGAGCAUGCUGGAAAAAAAAGUUCAGCGUCUUGCAAUAAAAUUCCACAAUGAAGAUCCCAAAGAAUUCGAAGCCCGUGUAAUCCAAGCCAGGGAGCUUCAAGCCAACUAUGACUCUAUAGUAAGGUUUUUAGACAUGGUCGACGCAAUCUCAUCAGCUGAAGUAUCACAGCUUCGCAAAGAAGUCAAAACCAAAAUCCUACAAAAAGCAGUCGCGACCACCCCAGAAUUUGAAAAAGAAAAAUACAUGACCUUGCUAAAACAGCUGGUCGCAGUUGUUGACGAAGAAUACGCCCGAGCUAUGAAAAAAUGCGUAAUUUUACUAACUCCCCCCCCUCCGUGAGUGAACAAAAAAAAUUUUGUUCACUCACGGGGGGGGGUUAAUUUUUUUUUUUAAAAAAAAUUAUAUAUAAAUUUUCUAAAAAAUUGUUUUUUUCGAAAUUUAAAAAAAAUCCUAAUUUGCAAAAAUUUGAAAGCAAAUAUUAAUUUAAUUUAUAAAAUUUAUGUUUUAAAAAUGCAAUUUGUUUAAAAUUAAACAGAAUUAGCUCUAGAUUUCAUUAUAUUUAAUUAUCAUUUAUAUAUCAAAAUUUUUUUCCAUAAAAUUUUUCUAUUAAAAAAAUUUUGUUCACUCACGGAGGGUGGGUUUUUGGGCAAAAAAAGCGAUUUUUCUAAUGGUUUUGUUCACUCACGGAGGGGGGGGGGAGUAAGAAUGCAAGACCCAAAGAACGAUAAUGAAUUUCUUCAGAAAAAAAUCCCAAUCAGGCGGUCUGUCCCAAUUGUCCCAGAAUUCGGAACUAUCACUAUCCCUCCUCAUCCCUACAAAAAAAUGAAAAAAGAGCUCGACAAAAGCCAUUGGUACAAGAUUACCUCAGUCGUUCAGGUAAAUAAAAUAAUGGCUGACAAAUGCCACAGCUUCCAAGAAUACAGAUUUUUAGAGACCAAAAAUCUUUUACUACCAAUGGAAUUAAGGAAUUUAUAUAAUACUCAAAGAAACCAUCACCAGGCUAUAAGGCAACAAAUUUCAAUACAUUGGAGAGAAUAUUUAAUUAGUGAAACCCAGGACAAAAUGGCUGAACAGUACAAUUUCUUCGCAGUAGACUCUGAAGAGUACUUAAAAGGGCCUCUGCAUACUAUUUUGAGAAGGAUGGAUUUAAUUAUGAACACCCAUGUAAGAGCUUUUGCAAAACAAAGCAUUGAUGACUGAAUCAAUUUUUUGAAGUCUUUUACCAUGCCCGAAGAGCCUGAGCUUUAUAGAAAAAUUGGAAAACCUUUGAUUAUAUUGCAGCUUAGCAUUGAAGAAGACGCGAGAAAGAAAAAAGAUGAGCAAUCUGAUACAAUUCCAGGACAAAUUGAUUUUAAGCCAACUCUUCAGCAAGCUCAUAAGUUUAUUAAUGAGUGUAUUGACUGGAUUGUAGAAGCUACCAAUAAAAUAACGAAUUUAGAAUCUGAUUUAGUCCCAUUUAUGAAUAUUCCUAAAACCCCAGUAUUUGAACUGUCUGACGAAAAUGACUGGGUUGCCACUGCAAAAGCAGAAAUUGCAGAAAUGAUGGAAAAAUACCAAAGCGGGCCUCUUCAAAUUUUAGAAGAAUUCAAAGCUUUUGAGUGGGUCGGAAAAAUGAAAAUAAAAGAAUUCGUGAAAGAUUUAUUUAAACAGAAACCUUCAAUUGAAAAACUCAGGACUGAGCUAAUGAAGCUGAAAAAGGCAAAAGAAGAAUUAAUUUCUAUUUCCACUCUUGUAAUAAACUACGAAUUUUUCCAAAUCCAAUGCCACAAGUUCAAAGAGACCAUGGACAAAAAAAUUAACAAAUGCAUGAACUCUUUACUUGAAGGAAUCUCCAAUUUCUGCUCUGAAGAGGUCAAAAGCAUUCAGGACGAGUACGAAUUCACCUGCAACAAAGUCAGAACUAUUCCUACAAAUGAAGCUGAGCUAUUCGAGCUCAAACAGUUCGCAAGGAACAUCAAAACCAAAAAACAAGAACUUUUAAAUAAAGAAAAAGAAGUAAUCAGCCACGGUUCCAUGUUAAAUGACUGCGGAAAUUUGAUAGUGAGACAUCUCAUCGGGGAAACUUUGUUCGAAUCAUUUUUGAUAGUGAGACAUUUGACCGAAAAAAACCAUCAAAUUUCGGCCAAAUGGGAUACACUAUUUAAAAAUUUUUCGACCAAAAGUACUUCGGUGAAAUGGACACUAUUAAAAAGGCAAAGUCAUUUGACCUGCACCCAUCAGCCACACUUUGAUACUAGAAGACUACCAGUUUAAACUGAAUGAAGACGUCAGCAUUAACCUUUGGCAAUGCAAAACUUGGCCUAUAGAAGUAGAAGCGUCCACAAAAGAAGGCAUGGGCAAGCUAGAAAUCGAAGAAGAAAAGUUCAGAGAAAAGCUGGAAAAAGAAAAAGACAAGUGGUUCAGAGAGGUCAGCCAACUCCACACAGAUUUCGAGCUCGUCCAGCAGUUUGCAGAGUACGCGAAUUCGUCUUCACAUUAUGAUGACGUCAAAAAGCUUGAAGACCACCUAAAACAAGCAAUGGAGCAGCUUGUGUCAUUUAACCAAAGAGAAACUUUAUUUGAGCUGCAGCUGUCAUAAAUAAAAUGGCAUUCGGUUCGAGAGAAAUUAGCUUUGUUAAUUUUCUCUCCCUCAUGGAAUUUUAUUUAUGGGGUUGGGUUUUUCUCUUGAGAACUUCUGCACAGCAACAGCCGUUUAAACUCUGGGGGUAACCAGAGGAACGGCUCCACAGUGCGUUCAAGAUCUCGGGGUUUUACCCCUCAGCACAUCUCCACGGGAAGAUGACCUUUAGGCGGAACGCGCGCAGGAGCUGAGUCAGGGCGAGGCAUCGGCAACGCGCCGGGUGAGAAGUGCAGCAAGGCUGGCGGCGAAGCUUUGAUAGAAGGCUUGGGCCUGGGCUGACCAGGUUAAUCCAAGAUGGCUCGGUGAUGUCACUAGUUUUGCCAAAAGCCCUUUUUAUAGGGGCUGCGGCACCGGACACCUUAAAGACCGAAUAAUUAAGUAAGUAAGUAAGUAAGUAAGAGCUGCAGCUGUCAGAUAAGACAGAUUUACAGAAUAUGAUUGAUGAUUUUGAGCCAUUUAACAGGCUCUGGACCAAUGUGAACGAUUUUAAGUAUGGACAUAACUCGUGGAGCAAUGAGAAAAAAAUCCAUGAACUCAAUGCGAUGGAAAUUUCUAAUAAUGUGGACAGGUGGCUUAGGGAGUGCUUUGUGUUGACCAAAAAACUGAUAGAAAGAAGCCCUGAAGCUAUCAAUGUGAUCAACCAUUUAAAAGAACACCUAACUGAAUUUCAGACAAAUAUCCCACUGAUAAAAGCUAUUUCUAAUGAAGCUUGGGGAGAAGACCAUUGGAAAAGGGUCGCCCAAAUUGCAGGACUCACCCCAGAGCAGCUUGACGCUAAGCACGAAACUGUGUCUACUUUAAUAGAAAAAGGACUGAAAAAUUACAUUGAAGAAAUCGAAGAAGUCUCAUAUAAAGCCCAAAGAGAAUUCAAGCUGAAAAAGAAGCUGGAAGAGAUGAAAAAAGAAUGCGAAAACCAAUUUUUAGAAGUCCUGCCUUAUAAAGAUACGCAUAUUGUAAAGUCUGUCGAAGAUAUACAGACCUUGCUAGAUGAACAAAUAGUGAAUAUUCAAGCAAUGAAAACGUCGCCUUAUGCUAAACCUAUAGAACGGCAAUGCAAAGAAUGGGAAUAUAGGCUGUUACAUAUUCAGGAAACACUAGAACAGUGGAUGAAAUGCCAAACUGUAUGGAUGAACCUUGAGCCGAUUUUCGCUUCAGAUGAUAUACAGAAAAGAAUGCCAGGAGAAUAUAGAAAAUUUAGAGGGGUUGAUGGGCAGUGGAAACUUUAUAUGGAAUCGAUAUGUAGCUCAGGCAGCAGCAACAGCCAAACUACCCAAAAUACUAAUCCAGGCCUGCUUGACUCAGUAGCGAUUGAUGGAGGCACGCUUACACUAUUUAAAGAUGCAAAUGAAAACUUAGACGACAUCCAAAAAUCAAUGCAUCACUAUUUAGAAACCAAACGUCUUUCGUUCCCACGCUUCUUUUUCUUGUCAGAUGAAGACUUAUUAGAUAUUUUGUCACAGACAAAAGACCCACUUCGUGUCCAAGAACAUAUUAAUAAAUGUUUUGAAGCUAUUGACAAGGUCGUGUUCACAGAAAGACAAGAAGUCACUCACAUGAUUUCACCUGAAAAAGAAACAGUCCAGCUUAUUGACAAAAUUGAUGUAAAUGAAGGAGAUAAAAAAGGAAAUGUUGAGUACUGGAUGGGUGAUAUAGAAAAGACUAUGUAUAAGACUAUAAAAGAUAUCAUGAAAAGAAGCUUUGCAGAGUAUCAAAGGCUAAAAAUUAAAUUACUCAUCGAGAAGGCCUGCAGGAUAUUAUUUGCCUCCAUUAUUGUUUACCGCUUGCUUGCCAGUCCCGACAUGCUUUUCGCUAUGUUUCUCCUCACGGGCGAGGGCUUGAACUAGCUACCUGAGAGUGAGAGACGCUGGGCCACCCACCAUGUCACUUGCUAACAGAGUCGCUUUCAGAAAUAUAGAAAAUCCUGGAAACUCAAAACCCAGGACGCAACGCCUGAUAUUGCGUUGGGAAAUGCCAAGAAAAGAGCUCCUGGCACUUCUAAGACAUCCCUUUCCAGCCUUGAGCCUCCACUUCCCACGAUGUAGAAAACUGGCUUGGAUGUGAGUAUGCGGUCGGUCAGCCCAACGUUGCGCUCCACCAGUAAAAACCUGGCCAGACAUUCCUGAGCACAAUUGGUCAAGCAUAGGUCGCAACCCCACCCCCCCUCUCGGGUUUAUCCUAUAGAAGUAUUUGAUAGGAAAUAAGCAGAAUAAAUUAAAUAUAACCCAAUUAAAACACUAUAUUUUUAAAUUAAGUCCACAAAUUACUUUAUAUUUAUGAUUAAUUAAUAAAUUUAAAUUAAUUAGCAAUUAAUUAGAAAAUAUAUUAAAUUUGCUUUUUAUAUUUAUAAAUAUAAUGCCAAAGAUAUAGAUAAUGGCAUUAAUUAUUAAAAAUUAACCAAGGAUAAUACAAUAACUUGCUUUAAAUUUAUUGAUUCAUAAAUUAAAGCUAAUCUAAUGACAAUUGUACAAGGAUUGCAGGACUGAAUUGGUAGCAGGAUUCAAUAGUGGUAAUAAAAAUAGUAUUUGCUAUUGUCAGUUUUACUUUUGGAUCUCUAAUUCGACUUUUAGCCAUUGUUCCACAAAGUUCAUAAAUAUAUGCAGGAUAUAUUGCUAAUUAAUACCAGAGAUCAUUAUUAUGCUUGCUAACAAUUUUUUUCAGAUUUGGUGAGCUUACUAGAUAUAGGAAAUUCUCACCCCAUUCCAUCUACUCCUUAAUCGAUUGUGCUACGCUAUGUGGAUAUUGCAUAAAUCAGUAAUUUUUAAUAUAUUUAAAAUAAUAAUUUAUUUAUUACGUCUGCUCUAAAUUGGCAUUUUUCAUAUAUUUUAUGCUAUAUUAUGGGGGAUGGGGGUGGGGGUGCCAUCUGUGAAAGGGGGUGAGGGUGCCAUUUUUUAGGGGGGGUGGGGGGGUACCACUUUUAGGGGGGGUGGGGGUGUAGGGUUGCUACCUGUGCUUGACCACACAAUUCUUUUCCACCAGGUCCCCUGGUCUCCAAGGAUCCUGCCCAACUACAAAAUUUAAGAGGAUGGGUUAUAUCUCGACGUUAUUUUAAUGCAUAGGAUAGUACCAAAGGCAAAGAAAGAACUAAAUGAAUUAGAAAUUGGCCAUCUAUGGUUGUACUAGGAGUAAACCAGCUGACGUGGACUGGAGGUGUAGAAGAAGCCAUUAAGACGAAUGCUAUGAAGGCGUAUGAAGAGAAAUUGACGAAACUUAUUAUGGGAGUAGUUGUCAUGGUAAGAGGCAAACUGGAUUCUUUAUUGAGAAAAACGCUAUCAGCUGUCAUUACUUUAGAUGUACACGCAAGAGAUAUUGUGACUGAGCUGAAAAAUAAAAACGUGACCAAUAACAAUCAGUUUGACUGGAUUGCUCAGCUGAGGUAUUACUGGGAAGGCAGCACUGAUAUUUCAGUAAAAAUGGUGAAUUCUUCUAUAAAAUAUGGCUUUGAGUACUUAGGAAACACUCCAAGGCUCGUUAUUACUCCACUUACUGACAGAUGCUACAGGACACUUAUAGGCGCUUAUAACUUAUUCUAUGGAGGAGCUCCAGAAGGUCCUGCAGGGACUGGAAAAACAGAGUCAGUCAAAGAUCUUGCCAAAGCAAUUGCUGUCAAAUGUGUCGUCUUUAACUGUAGUGACUCCUUAGACUUCACAUCAAUGGCUAAAUUCUUCAAAGGCCUCGCUUCAAGCGGCUCUUGGUGUUGUUUUGACGAAUUCAACAGAAUUGAGCCUGAAGUCUUAUCCGUCAUCGCUAUGCAAGUUUUACAAAUCCAGCAAGCAAUCAGAGAAAAACGAAAAACCUUUACCUUUGAAGGAACCCAGCUUAAUUUAGUUCACUCCUGCGCUAUUAAUAUCACUAUGAACCCUGGCUAUGCAGGCAGAUCAGAACUUCCUGACAACUUAAAAGCGCUAUUUAGGCCAUGUGCUAUGAUGGUUCCUGAUUAUGCGAUGAUCAGUGAAAUUUCUCUGUUUUCUUAUGGUUUCGAAAAUGCUAGAAGUCUAGCUGCAAAAGUUGUAUAAUUUUCCCUAUAUAUUUUUCAAAGUAAAUAAUAGGAGUUUCUAUAGGCAAUUUUAAAGUAAAAAAGUAUAGCUUCUUUACGUUUAUCAUCAGAACAGCUAUCUACACAGGACCAUUACGAUUUUGGUAUGAGAGCAGUCAAAGCUAUUUUAACCGCUUGCGGGAACUUGAAAAUGAAAUAUACUGAUGAAGUAGAAGACAUUUUGGCUUUACGAGCACUUAAUGACGUAAACCUGCCUAAGUUUACUAGCAAUGAUAUUCCUCUUUUCUUAGGAAUUACUUCAGAUCUGUUCCCUGGAGUUACUAUACCUAAAAUUGACUACGGGAUUUUAUUAGUUUCUAUAGAAGCAGCCUCUGAAAUGCAAAAUUUACAAGCCACUGACGAAUUUAAAAGCAAAUGCAUCCAGCUUUAUGAGACUAUUUGUGUCAGACAUGGACUUAUGCUUGUAGGACAGACCUUUUCAGGCAAAACUAAAGUGAUUAAUACGUUGCAGAUGGCUCUAAGCAGCAUCCCAAACAACCCAGAGUUCACGAAAACGCUAAAAGUCACGCUUAACCCUAAAUCAAUUACGCUAAACCAACUAUUUGGAAGAUUUAUUGCAGAAUCCCAUCAGUGGUACGACGGAGUGAUUUCUCAGACUUUUAGGACUUUUACAGCAGAAAAAGGCCCUGAACGAAAAUGGGUUGUAUUUGAUGGGCCAGUCGAUUCUAAAUGGAUUGAAAACAUGAACACUGUGCUAGAUGACAACAAAAUGCUGUGUAUGCAGUCAGGAGAAAUCAUUAAAAUGACUGAAGGGAUGACUAUGAUGUUUGAGGUUGAAGACUUAAAAGAAGCAUCCCCUGCUACUGUUUCUCGUUGUGGGAUGGUUUUCCAUAAUUAAAAUAUGGCGUCUCAACUUGGCUUGGCCUCUCGGCCAAGCAGUAUCAAGCCCUAUUUUAAUUAUAUCCGGCAAGGUUUUGCUAGCGAAGAAAUGGACAGCUAUGCUAGUUAACUAGCCCAGUCCUUUUUUCGAGUUAGAUUUUACGAGGGGAGACUUGGAGUUGGAAAGGGGAAGCCCAGCAAAGCCUAUCUAGGCCAAUCGGGCAACUUUCUAGCGAGAAACCUGGAGUUUCGCCCUGGGCUACAAGUUCUACCCUUUUGCCGAAGUCGGCCAGAGAUUCCAUUUUUUGAAAUUUCGAGGCAGGCAACCUUCAUUGAUGUACAGCGCGGUUACCCAAACUUUCCGACUGCGGAGCGCAUGUGCAGGCCCAUGUCCGUAGGAGCAAGACUUUGAAGGCCGUGAGAAGGUUGUUGGCGAGCAGGCGAGUGGAGCGUUAUGGAAGGGAAUAAGGACUUUAACGGGCUCCGACAGGGAGCUUUUCGAUAAUCUUAAGUAACUUGGUAACUGUGGUAUGGUUUUCCUUGAACCGCAUAGGCUGGGCUGGGAAGUUCUAAUCCGGUCUUAUGUAAACUCCUUACCUCACUUUGUCAGAGACAAGCAUGGACAGCAUAUUAUUGAUAGCUUUAAUUGGUUUUCGUGGCCACUAACUGAAUUUGUAAAGAAAAAAUGCAGGCUGCCUGCUCCUGUCACAGAAAAUGAAAUGGUCUCGGCCGCUUUGAACAUUUUUGACUGCUUUAUGAUGGAAUUCAGAGAAAUGAUAAAAGAAGACGAGCCAGAUUCCCCAUCAAAAAAUGCUGAAAAAGACAAGCAGCUGCCUAAAGAAUUCGAAGAAACUUUGCCACAAUGGAUUCUUUUCAGCAUAAUCUGGGGUUUUGGAGGCAUCACUGACGAAUCCACCAGGCCAAAGUUUUCUGAAUUUUUAAGCAAACUUGUGGCAGGCGAAAAUGUCGUCGAAAUUUAUAGACUUCUUGAUACCCCGCAGUCCUGGGCUACAAAGAAAUACGACUCAAAGCUCCCAGGAGACUAUUUUGACGUAGUAUUAUCUAAAAAAAGCAGCAGUUACUAUUGGAUGCAAUGGAUAAAUCUCCGAGCAAGCACUUAUACACCUAAUAAAGAAGCUAAUUUCCAUGAGCUUAUAAUCCCUACCAAAGACACAAUCCGCAUUUCUUACCUUAUGAAUUUCAUGGCCUCUGCUUAUAAACAUAUCUUAUUCUGUGGCCCUACAGGGACAGGUAAAACUGUCUGUGUCCUUGAUACCUUACGGUCUUCUUUUUAUAAUGAAACUUAUACUUAUCUGUUUAUGGCUUUUUCAGCACAGACGUCAGCUAAUAAAAUACAGCUGAUAAUGGAAUCUUGUAUGGAGAAAAAAUCAAGGUUUGUGAAUGCACCUGCAGGAAAUAGAAAAAUGGUCAUUUUUGUGGACGAUUUAAAUAUGCCCCAGAAAGAGACAUAUGGGGCACAACCACCGAUUGAGCUGCUAAGACAGUGGAUGGACCAUGAAGGCUGGUAUGAUUUAGAGACCAAAGAGUUUAAAAAAUUUAAGCUUAUACAGUUUGCAGCGUGUAUGGGGCCACCUGGUGGAGGAAGAAACCAUGUAUCUCAGAGGUAUUUGAGGCACUAUAAUAAAUUUUAUAUAGAGCCUUUUGGGGAAGAUUCAUUGAACUCUAUUUUCUCCACUAUUGUGGACUGGUUUUUUAUUAAGCAGACAGAACCGUUUUCCCGAGCCAUUGUCCAGCAAAAAGACAAUCUUGUCCAUGCCACAAUUCAAGUUUUCCAAAGAAUCAGCAAAGAACUUCUGCCGACCCCUGCUAAAAUGCAUUAUAUUUAUAACUUGCGAGACGUUUCAAAAGUAUUCCAAGGGAUUUCUAAUGCUACUCCUUUAGCUAUAAAAGAUGAGUCAGACUUAAUAAGGCUUUGGGCUCACGAAUGCCAACGUGUUUUCCAAGACCGUCUAAUAAACAACAAAGACCGUGACUAUUUCACUGACCUCUUAAAAGAAUCUAUAAAGAAAUACUUCAGAAGGACCUGGGAAGAAGUCGUCAAGGUGGCGCCUUUGCUUUUUGGGUCAUUUAUUCCUAUGAUUUCACGUGAAGAAGGCAAAGCGAAAAUCCCUGAUUUGUAUUGUGAGCUUAAAGACCAUAAUUUAUUGCAAGAAAAAAUGCAUGAAUGCUUGGAAUAUUAUAUGAGAAAUUUUUAUGAAUUUUCCAGUAGAAAAAUGGCUUGAAUUUUAUGAUGGCAGAAUUAAGGAAAUUAUUAUAACCAAAUUUCUCCGACGAAGAUGAACUUAGUUUUAUUUAUGGCUGCUAUAGAGCAUGUAGUAAAAAUUGUAAGGAUUAUUCAACUCCCACUUGGGAAUGCUUUAUUGUUAGGAGUUGGAGGAAGCGGUAGAAAAAGCUUGACAAUGCUAGCUACUUCGAUAGCAGAGUAUUCUAUUUUUGAAGUUGAAGUCAGCAAAAAUUUUGGAAUGAAUGAAUGGAGAGAAAGACUUAAAGCACUUUUCUUUAAAACAGGUCUGGAAAAUCACCCAACUGUAUUUUUAUUCAGUGAUACACAAAUUUCUAAUGAAGGUUUCUUACUAUUCUAAGUUGUCAAGAAAAAUUUGGUUAUUUUUUCAAAUUUUUCUGUCAGAUUUAUAAAUAUUAAUAUAAAUAGCUGAAGAUCUCAUUAUUAUAAUUAUUUACAAUGGGAAAGAGUUAGAAGAUAUCAAUAAUUUGUUAAAUAAUGGAGAAGUCCCUAACCUUUUGGAAUCAGAAGACAGGCAAAACGUGAUCGAUACUUUGCAAGAUGAAGCGAAUCUAAACAAAAAAGGAGGCUCAGCAGAAGCAAUUCAUGCAUAUUUCAUUGAAAGAGUCAGGUCAAAUCUGCAUCUUGUGUUUUGUUUGUCACCUAUUGGCGAGUCCUUUAGGACAAGAAUUAGGAUGUUCCCUUCACUUGUGAAUUGUACCACAAUUGACUGGUUUUUGCCUUGGCCUGAAGAUGCGCUAUGAUCUGUAGCUCAAAAUUUCUUAAAAGACGUUGACGUGGAUAGUCAGGUAAAAGUAGGACUUGUAGAAAUCUGUGUAGAUAUGCAAGAAAGAGUGACCAACUUAACAGCCAGAUAUAAAGCAGAGCUAGGCAGAUACUACUAUAUCACCCCUACGUCCUAUCUUGAACUUAUCUACACCUUUAAGAAUUUAUUAAACACCAAAAGAGUCGAAGUAAAAAAAUUAGGCCAAAGAUAUGAAAAUGGGCUUGAAAAAUUGCUGGACACCGCUUCAAAAGUCUCAGUCAUGCAAAAAGAUCUAGAAGAAUUACAGCCAAAAUUGGUCGUCGCACAGGCUGAAACCAAAGAAAUGAUGAAAAUUUUGACUGUUCAGCAGAAAGAAGCAUUAGAAGUACAGCAGAAUUGUGAAAAAGAUGAGGCGAAGUGUAAAGAAGAAAGAGAAACGGCACAAGCGAUCAAAAAAGAGUGUGAAGAAAAGCUGGAGGAAGCGAUGCCUGCGUAUGAAGCUGCACAAAAAGCAUUGAAAUCGUUGGAUAAGAACCAAAUUGAUGAAGUAAAACAUAUGGCUAAUCCGCCACCUGGAGUGAAGUUUACUAUGGAAGCAGUUUGUAAGCUGAUGGCUAUAGACCCAGUAAUGGUUCCCAAAGCAAAUGGGUUUGGGAAAGAGCCUGACUAUUGGGAAACUGCUAAAUCUUUUCGCAUUAUAAAGUAAAUUUUGAAUAAAAAUUAACUUUUUUAUGAAAAAAUAUUUUAAUUAUUGGAGAAUAAGAAAAAUCUUCUGAACAGGCCUAAACUAAUGGACGAUUUGCAAAAUUAUGAUAAAGACCAUAUGGACCCUGCCAUUGUUGCUACUAUAGAAAAAAUUAUUAACCAUUCUGAGUUCCAACAAGAAAAAAUCAAAAGAGCUUCAUUAGCUGCUUAUGGCCUCAGUAUGUGGGUUAGAGCUAUGUAUAAAUACGACAAAGUCAUGAAAGAAAUAAGGCCUCGACAAAUGGCGCUUGCAGAAGCAGAAAUGCGGCUUAAAACUGCAGAAGAAGAUCUUAGAGAAAAAAUGGAAGCUUUAAGGAGUAUCCAAGAAAAAGUCCAAAAGCUUGAAGCGGACUACCAAAAAGCAGUCGACGAAGAACUCAGACUUCAGCACGAAGUCGAUAUGUGUAGGAUCAAGCUUGAAAGAGCACAAAAACUUAUUGAUGGCCUCAAAGAUGAAAAAAUCAGAUGGGCAAAAGAAGCCCAAAUCCUCAAAGAAAACUACAAAAAUAUAGUUGGGGAUUUAAUGAUAAGCUCUGGUAUUAUCGCAUACUUAGGAGUCUUCACAGGGACUUACAGGUCAAGCUGCAUUGACUAUUGGAUUAAACAGCUUAAAGAGAAAAACAUCCCAAGCUCAGCUGAAUUUUCCUUAAAAGACGUGAUGGGAGAUCAAGUUAAAAUCCGUGACUGGACCCUUGCUCAUUUGCCAAACGACAGCUUCUCUAUUGAUAACGCCAUUAUAAUGGAAAAUUCUUCAAGGUGGCCUUUAAUGAUUGAUCCACAGGUCCAAGCUAACGCUUGGAUAAAAAAAAUGGAAGGAGAAAGGCUUGAUGUCACAAGACUUAAUAGUGAUGGCCUUACCAAUACUCUGGUAAACGCUAUUAACUACGGAAAAUCAGUCCUUAUAGAAAACCUAGGCGAAUCUAUCAACCCUGAGCUUGACAACGUCCUUUCAGCUAAAAAAGGAUCUGAAGGGAUCGUCAAAAUUGGUGACAAAACUGCUGAAAUGUCAAGAGAUUUCAGAUUGUUUAUGACCACAAAGCUGCCAAGACCCCAUUAUGCCCCAGAGAUAUGUGUAAGAGUCGCAUUGAUGAACUUCAUGACCACUGAAGAAGGCCUACUCGACCAAAUGUUGUCGCUGACGGUUAAUGCUGAAGCUCCUCAUAUAGAGGCAAGCAGACAAAAAUCAAUCCAGGAAAACGCUAGAAUUAGAAAAGAGCUGAAAACCAUUGAAGAUAAUAUUCUAAACAUGGUUUCUAACUCAGAAGGGGACAUAUUAGAAGACGAAACCCUUAUAGAAACCCUUCAGAAGUCAAAACAGUCCUCAAAAGAUGCCUCAGAGCAGCUUGAAAAAAUGGAAAAUAUACAAAAGCAUAUUAAUGAUACCAGAAAAAAUUAUACCAAUUUAUAAAGAAUUUACCUAUAGGGGUUUUAAAUAAAAAAUAAAUAAAUUGAAUAUAAAAAGCAUAUAAAUCAAUCGCCACGCGUGUUUCCCAACUUUUCUUCUGUAUAGCUGAUUUAUGUGUUAUUGAGCCUAUGUAUCAAUACUCCUUGGAAUGGUACGAAAGAAUUUACUCCCUUUCUAUUUCAGAAGCAGAAAAAAAUUCAAUUGUCCAAGAGCGCGUCAAAAAUUUGAUUAAUACUUUUACACUUUUGCUGUAUCAAAAUGUGUGUAGGUCUCUUUUUGAGAAGGAUAAACUGCUGUUUUCGCGGCUCCAUGUCAAAUGACUGUGAAUUUUUGACAGUUUACAUUUCAUCGAAAUCCAUUUAGUCUAAAAAUUUUGAUAGUGCGACAUUUGGCCGAAAAAUUAAACGGUUUUUUUUUUCGGUCAAAUAUCUCACUAUCAAAGAUUUUCAAUCAAUUUUCGGCCAAAAAUUUUUCGGUGAAAUGGACACUAUCAAAAAGCAAUGUUAUUUGACCUGCACCCGUUUUCGCUGCUGGUCUGCUUAAAAGUGAUGGCAGGGGAAGAUAGAAUUAAUCAGCUAGAGCUAAGGUUUUUAAUGACAGGAGGAACUAAGACUGUUAUAGCUAGGCCAAAUCCGACACAGGAAGAUGAAAGAGUGUGGCUGGAAAAUAAAGAUUGGGCAGCAAUUCUGGAGUUAAGUGAAUUUGAAAGCUUUAACUCAUUCCUUAUAUAAAAAUGGCAUCAUUUACGUAUUUAUUUUGUAUUAAAUAAAUAUUAGGCUUUUGCUAUUAUUUUAUGAUUUAAAUAAUUUUGCAUUUAAAAAAAAAAUAUUAUAUUCAGUAGUAAGAAUUUUGAUAGAGAAUUUGAGCAAAAGGUCAAUGAAUGGAAAUCUGUAUGGGAGUCAUCAGAUCCAGGAGCCAUGAUAUGGCCAGGAGGCUGGAAAGAGAAACUAUCUCCAUUCCAACAAAUUAUAGUACUAAGAAUUCUUCGCCCUGACAAAGGAAUUCAAGCUAUCGAACAAUUAAUCACCCAAGAGCUUGGGGCAGAGUUUAUUUCUCCCCCUCCAUUUAACAUUGAGCUGUCCUUCAGAGACUCCAAGCCAGACGUCCCAAUCAUUUUUAUCCUCAGCCCUGGUGUUGACCCUAUAAGUGAAAUUGAAAAACUCGCCAUAAAGCUCAACCUCCGCAACAAAAUGGAGCCUUUAUCCUUAGGUGACGGCCAAGGUCCGAAAGCAGAAGCCGCUCUAGACCGUGCUAUUGCAAAUGGUGGCUGGGUUAUCCUCCAAAACUGCCAUCUUGCAGCCAAAUUUAUGCCAACUCUUGAAAAAAGAGUAGACGAAAUCAUCCCAGAGCGAACUGACGACAAUUUCCGGCUUUGGCUUACCUCAAUGCCUUCUGAUUUUUUCCCAGUCUCCAUCCUUCAAAAUUCAAUUAAGCUUACUAAUGAGCCUCCUAAAGGACUCAGGAAAAACUUAAUCAGGUCUUUUAGGUCCUAUGAUAAUAACGCUUUUGAAGAUAACGCCAAGCCAAGAGAAUUCAAAAGAAUGGUCUAUGGCUUAAGCUUCUUCCAUGCCUUAAUACAAGAAAGAAGAAAAUAUGGAGCUUUAGGCUGGAAUAUCCCUUAUGAGUUCUCUAUGAGUGAUUUGUCGAUAUCCUUUUAUCAGCUUAGGAUGUUUUUAAAUGAGUAUGAGCUGAUACCUUGGGAUGCUCUAAAAUAUAUGGUCGCUGAGGCCAAUUAUGGAGGACGAGUUACCGAUAUUUGGGAUAGGAGACUGAUUAAUACCAUUCUAGAAGAUUUUUAUACAGAAAAUAUACUGAGAGACAGGUACUACAUAAAUGACUGUGACGUGUAUCAGAUUCCUCCUGAAGGGAAUAUUGAAAGCUAUUUGAAUUAUAUAGAAGAGAACGUGCCACAUUAUGACCAAACCCAAGUUUUUGGGCUCAAUGACAAUGCCUCAAUUACAAAGUCCAUUAAUGAAACUAAUUCUCUUCUCUCAGCUUGUCUAUCAUUAUUGCCUCGAACUUUAGCUGGCGCUGAUAAAACACCUGACCAAAUGAUGACAGAAAUAGCAGUCAGUAUCUUUAAUAGGAUGCCAAACCUUUUUGACAUUGACGAAUGCAUGAAAAGAUACCCUAUGAUGUACAAUGAAUCCAUGAAUACCGUCUUAAUCCAAGAACUAAUCAGGUUUAAUCGGCUACUAAAUGUCGUUAGAACUUCUGUUGUACAGCUUAAAAACGCGCUAGAAGGGCUUGUCACUAUGUCUGCAGACUUAGAAAAGGUAGGAAAUGCACUAUUUGAUAAUAAAGUCCCUGAAAUGUGGAUGAAUGUGGCUUAUCCUUCUCUUAAGCCUCUUGCACAAUGGGUUGAUGAUUUCAUUACCCGUCUCAAAUUUAUGCAAGACUGGCUAGAUAACGGCCCACCUGCUGUUUUUUGGAUUUCUGGGUUUUAUUUCACCCAAUCUUUCCUUACAGGGACUAUGCAAAAUUUCUCUAGAAAGUACCAAAUCCCUAUAGAUACGCUCUGUUUUGACUUUGAGGUCCAGCCAGAAGCUCAGACUAAGGACAAUAUUUCAAGCCCGCCUAAUGACGGCUGCUAUGUCACUGGACUUUAUUUAGAUGGAGCUAGAUGGGAUGACGAAAAACGCUGUGUCGCUGAGCCGCUUCCUAAAAUUUUGUAUUAUCCUAUGCCUGUUAUACAUUUGCGGCCUGUAAAAAUAGCUGAGCUUCCUAAAAAGCAUGUAUAUGAAUGCCCGGUUUAUAAGACGUCAAAAAGACAAGGGACUUUGUCAACUACUGGGCAUUCGACUAACUUUGUGCUUUCUAUGCUUUUGCCGCUACAUACUUCACAUAAGCCAUCACAUUGGAUUAAGAGAGGGACUGCUCUGCUUACUCAGCUAGAUUAUUAA